UUUAAAAAUAGUUUGUUUUCUCUUAGAAAGCAAUAGUUAAUUCUUUUGAUCUUGUUAAAUGAAGCUCAUUAGACGUUUUACCCAUUUUUUUUUUUUCUGGAGUAGAAGAUUUUGAACAUGCUGGUUGUCUUUGAGCUUGUGUCUUUAGCUUGACUAUUUUACCACAGCAUUUGGCCAGUCAUAGAAUGGGAUAGAUGGGGUGAUAGAUUUCUAAUUUUCUUCUUCUUAAUGCCUUUUUUCAGGUAAUGCAAAAAGAUGUGUGCCAAGUUAUAUCAAAGCAACUGCAAGACUUAGUGACGUAAUGACAACAUAUAUCAUUUAUUUAGUGUUUCUAAAUAUGACAGGCACUAUGCUAAAUCCUAGCUGGAUUAUUUUAUUUAAUCUUCAUCACAUUCACUAUGUGAAUGACAGCAUAAAAGAUUAAAAAGAAGUUACAUACCUGUUGUUAUACAAUUAUCAAGCAGCAUCACAUGAAAGAUUUAAACUCAACUCUCUUUCUGAUUCUUGAGCCCAGAUUUUGCCACUACUUCCAGUAUUUCUUAUAGUUAAAUAAUGUGCAAACUCCUUGAGAAAAAAAUAUCCUAAGCAUUCUCUCUCCUUGGAGGAUCUCUUCAAAAAUCCCAGUUUGAGAAAUACUGAUUUAAGAAAUUAAAGCUUUAUUCUAUGGAAAUGCCUUUCAAUAUGAAUUAUUGCUACAAAAGAGAAGUUUUAGAUUUGUAACGGGGUAAGAUGACUUGUUAAAAUAUUUUCUCAACAUAAAAACACAAACCAUGCAAAUCUCACCUCUUCACAAAUUUGUCUUCAGACUUAGGUUCCUAGGCAGUGACAGAACCAAGGGACUAUCUUUACCCCUGUAGUAGACAUUAUGGAGCAUAGUCCAGAUCUUGCCUUCAGAACCAAGACCCUCAUUCCCCUGAGGACCAGAAGUGUUGACUGCUGAGAGUUCACAGCUGAUUCCUUCCCCAAGAAAUUCUUUUGGCUAAGCAAGUUUAUAUCCCAUUCUUGGAGGCAGCAUAUUUCCUAUGACUAGUUGUUUGGGGUGGGAGUGUGAGGGGGGACUAAGGCCCAGCUCCUUGUUUCAAUUUAGCUCAGGUCUGACGGGAUAUUCAAGCUUCAGAGAAUCCUGUGAGAAGGGCUGAAGGCCUCUGCUACAACUGCCUUGCAGGUCAACCUCUUUCUCUCCCUGUCCUGCUUUCCUCACUCCCUCACAAGCAUUAUGGCUGAGAACACUUCACAACUAACCACCUGUAUGUGAAUAUCUGGCUCAGGAACCAGGAGACUUGUGACAAUCUCUAAAGCCACCUCAAGGAAACACUUAACAUAAAUAAAAACAGAAUGAUAUCUUUGUGUAUGCAGCUUAACACAAGACUACAGAGCCUACCUCUCAAGCAGACCGUUGCCUCUUCAGCUCCUCCAUCAGAUAUUCUGGAGAAAAAAAAAACACAAGAACUUUUGACUCUAACACACUGCAAGUGUAGAUAUUAAGUAUCUGCAACAACUUCCUCAUCUGUAGACACCAUUAUAUAGAAGUCUCUAAUCACUCCCUAGAGCAGAGAAUCUAUAUAACACAAACUGGAUACAUACAGUUUAGACAAAAACCAACCAGCCAAUAAAACAAAAUAAAAAAACAAACCAUAAUAGCAGCUUUAAUUAUUUUGCUUGGUUUUCUAAUUGGCCAAGUAAAUAGAAAAGUUGAUACUAAAUCUCUUCGCUUUGUAUCAUGUAAAUUGUCUAAAAUUAUAAUGUAAUAUUUAGGCUAAGGCAGCUUAACUGACAUUAUGAGGAUGAUAGGAUCAUAUAAACCCAUAAUGGGAGGUUCUCUGUGGGUUUAUGAGGCACUAGUGGCCAAUCCUUUUAUCCUUUAGUAAUCUUAAGCAGGAACAAUUUUUAUUGAGUUCCAGUAAUUGGAGGUGUGCCUGAGUUGCUGAGGAGUAAGAAUGCAAGAAAUACACCAGAGAAAUGCACAGGGACAUACACUUAUAAUUAUACUUUGUUUUAGAACAUGAUUUUGUAAACACGAGAAAGAGAUGAGUACAAAAUCAUCAUAUGGCGGGUAUAAAUAACUCAAGCCCCAAAUCCAUCUGACGCUCAAACUGUCUCCUUUGAAUAAUUUUGAAUUGAUAAAGAAAAAAUAUUACAAAAAAUGAACAAUUGUCAGAUCCAUCCUUUUCAAAACUUUGAGUUGUUUAAAAAGAAAAAAAUGUAUUUGAGAUCACAGUUAGAAUUAAUAUACAUAUAUACCUCUAUCUUCUGAACUUAGCUCUAGGAUAAAAUUCCAAUGUAUUAGCAAAAAAGAAAUGAAUACACUGUCACAUCAAGAUCCAAAUAAUUUCAAGUGUCCCUGUGUUUCCAUUGUACAACCAUCAUGACAUACUGAAAUAAUCAAUGAAAGGUAAAAAUAAUUGUUCUUUUUCAUUUAACUGUGCUAUGGCAAAAAGAAAACGAGACUAGGGGUCAGGGAAGAAGUUAGGAAUAAGAUGAAUAAGAUGCAAUACAAGAUAACUUUGUGUUACAAAUUAUUAGUAUUAUUAUAGAAAUUAAGAGGAAAACUCUCUUAGGUGGUUAAGAUGUGGCAGCUAAGAAAAAAUCCAGAUGUAAAUUCAGAAGAUAAUUUCUUUGUGUAAUCUUUGCUAACUAUGUUUAUAGAAGUAAAUGUCAAGGUAAGCUCGGCAAGGAGCAAAAGAAAUGAGUCACAUUUCUCUAGUGUCAUUCCCAAGAUGCUAUCUUUUACCUUUCUGAGUAUGCACAAGUCUGACACUGGGUGUCUGCUUCUUUAUGGAAACAGUGUGCAAACACUCAAAUAACAGCAGGAUAGUCAUUUUUCAUACAUGCUUUGUUUUCAUUUCUAUGACUUGGAAAGACUAACUUUCCAAAUGCAGAAAUCUAUGCAGUUGAUCUGCAAGUUGAGUCCCUGCUUGCACCCUGGAUUUUAUAAAGCAAUUAGUUUUAAAUAUGGUCUUGGAAGAGAGGGUGUAAGCUUUUAAUUAAAAACCCUUUUCUCUGUAUCUUGCUUCCAUAUUGAACAAAACCAAGUUCUUUUAGAAGUAGAAAGGUGUGAAUAAGACUUACCAAUACCUUGGCCUUUUUGUGUUUUAUUAUUAUUUUUCUAUGUUUAUGAGACAGCAUCUAUCUAAUCAACUAUUAUGUCAUAACUUGACAAGUCAAGUGGUGUUAGCCAGUCUCUUUUACAAUACAUUGGCUUUUGAUGUCAAAAAUAUCAACUAAUACUCCUAGGAAAAGACACCGUUUUACAGUUAACUUGUUGCUUUGUAAUGAGGGUGGUAUGGUCCUCCUCUUGACACCCUGAAUCACUAUCUCAUUUUUAAAAAUUUUACAUUUUCUUAACUUCUGAACUUUCUGAAAAUACUUUGUUACUUCUAUUUCCUCGCUGCCUACUAAUUUUUAAUUUCCCUAUGGUCUGAAUUUAGCCCCAUCACUUUCCUGAAAUUUUCUUCAUCGUCACCAGUGACAUUUUAGAAAACAAAUCUAAAAGCUUUUUAAACUGACUCAUUUUUUUGACCUCUUCCUAGCAUUUGCUUCAUUGACUGCCCUCAUUGCUUUGAAACUCUUCUUUGUUACCUUAACUUCCAUGACCCGGUAUAAAACAAAUUCUUGCAACCAGCAGCACAUCCUUUCAAUUUCUCUAUUUUGGUCAUGGCUGAAAACCAUGAACUUAUUUCUGAUUUAUCUCUAUUCCUUUCCUCCCAAGUCUUGUCUAUUUUUCCUCUGUAAUUUUCUAUCUCUUCUUCCCAAAUCUCCUAUUACCACCCUUGUCCAAGUCUACGUCAUACUUGUUCUUCUUAACUGGUUUCUUUGUAUUCAGUUUUUUCCUCAUUCCAAUCAUUACAAAACUACUGCCAAUUUUUUCCCCAAAACAAUUUUUAUUGAACAAGUCAUUCCAUCAUGCUCUGUUUGGAAGAGGCUGGAUUCAAGCCAGUUGGGAAUGCAACUGUUCUGAUGAUAUAUUUCCCCUAAAUUAGACAAAUUGUUCCAGCAAAGAUUCAGAGAAAACACAUCAGCAUUCAUCUUGGAUAUAGAUGCUGAGGCCAAUUUAAUCUGAAAUGUUGGUUAGAUUGCAUGAGCUAAAGGUCAGAACUUUGCUUUCAAUGACAACUUGAAGAGUUGGAAGUUGGAAUGGAGCCAGUGAAAGAAUGUGCCGAAGAAUGUAAGAGGCUCUAAACCAGAAAGAGCAGGUCAGUGUGAGAACAGAUGAGGGAAGAUGUUAAACAAGUUAUCAAAGGAAAUGGAAGUCAGGGGACUAGGGUGAGCAAAUUUUGGUUGAUAAAUUACUAGAGAGAAUGUGGGGAUGAGAAGGGAGUGGCGAAGCUGAGUUCUAUAGUAUAUGCUGUUACUUUUGCCUUAGGAAUAAAGGUGUGCUGAUUGAACUUAGGAAAGUUGGUAAGAGGGAGGCAAAGGACUUUCUAGGCUGAUUUUCCAGAGAGUGGUUCUUCCAUGAAUUCUUUUAUAUGACCUUGUUGUUUUCCUCACAUGAAUCUAACAAUUUUUCUGUAGCUCAUUCCCACAUAUCUGCCAUAUUUCCUGUCUAUCAUGCUGUUAUCUUUCUUCUCUGCUUUCAUGAACUCUACCUUUAUUUUAAAAGCCAGCUUAUAUUCUAUCUGCACCAUAUAGUUUUUGGUUCAAAGCAAUGGAAGCAAACACUGGCUAACUUAAUCUGCCCUUACCUAUUCAUUCCCCUGAGAGGGUUUGGGGAGUCAGCAUUUGUGGGAAGGACUCACAUAAUCCACAGAAGGCUAGAAGAUCAGGGUUGAGGUACUUGGUACCAAGGCAGCUCUGGAAGCUUAAGAAGCAGGAGGCACAGCAAGAGUCUCAUGGAAAGAAGAGCUUGGUAACGACUUGGUCACUACCAUUACCCCUGCCAUGACCUUGACCUCCAACUACCCCUGUCCUUGCGUCCUCCUCUAAUUCAAAGUCCUACCCAUAGAAAAUCCAGUUGGCCCAAAUUUAGUCACAUGUCCAUCCCUUGUCUGGUCCAGUUGGUGGAAGAGAUCUCUGCUUCCACAGUGCAUAGAGAACAAUAGCUCCAACCAAGAUUAAAGAUGCUGGGGCCUUUCCCAAAAGGGAGAAUAGAAUUUUGUUAGGAAAAGGAGUCUCAGAGGCCCUGAGGGUAGGAACUUUAUUUUUGUAUUCUAGUACUCAAAAAAGGAUUCUGCACACAACCUGUAAUAAGUACUUUUUUGAAAGAUGAUAUUGACCUACUGUUUCAUUUUUGGUGGAUUAUGUCCUGUGAAAAUGACCUGCAUGUUUUAUUUAGUUUAAGGUGGGAUGAAUCAGAGGAGGGCAACUGACAUUUAUUACAUACUUACUUUAGGUACCAUACAGACUAUUUUCUCUUGUAAUAAUAAUGAUAAUAAUAACUAGCAUUUAUUUAGCUUAUUAUUAUUAAUUUAGCUUAUGUAUGAAACUCAUUGAUUUAGAUACAUUAGCUUAUUUAAUCCCCAUAACAAUUAUUCAAGAUAGGUCUCAUUUUUUUUUUGUCAGAUAUGAAUACUAUUGGCUAGAGAGUUUAGUAACUUUCCCAAAGUUUCACAGAAGAUAAUAUAGAGAAGCAACUCAAAACUAUUUCUGUCUAAUUCCAAAGCACUUUUAACAUUUUGUACUGCUUAAGUAGCAAGAGUUUGGAAGAACAUACAAUAUCAAUAAAUGUUUCAUGUCCGUCGUCAUUAACUACUCCAAAUUUGCCUUGGAUUCAUUGAGAAUCUGCCAAGAUGAUCAAGAUUUGACCACUUACAAAUUAAAUAUUCAUUGUCUAUGCUCUAAAAUGUAAAGAUUGUCUGCUGAUCACUGGGCCACAACACUUUUCAAGACCAGAUAAGCCCAAGGAAGAUAAGAGAAACACGGAGCGGCCCAGGAUCCAACCUACAGCUUCAAGCUAAGCUCAUUCAAGCCCAAACUAGGUCAGCUAACCCCUAGACAAUGCACAAAUGUGUGAUCGAGAAAUAAAGAGAUUUGGUGUGGUGGCUCACUCCUGUAAUACCAGCACUCUGGGAGGCAGAGCUACAACAGAAUAAUGUGUUUCUCGCUGAACAGAAUGUAGAGUGAUUUCUUAUCCAAUAACAAUGAAAAGAUAAAGCUGUUCAAAGGAAACUUCCAAACUGACCUGCAAAGGAAACUCCAGAGAUUUACCUCAGUAGUCUGGGAGAUCAAAGGGGAAUGUUAAGGAUUCAUCCAUCUGCAUUUAUCUUUCAUCUAGGAUUUGAGGUGGCACUACCAUAAGAUACAAGUAUAAAAGUAUUAGAACAAAGGAACAAAUAAGGAGAGUUAGAUGACAUCAAGAAGACUUAGAAACACAGGCCACUACAGCCCAACACUGCACCUGCCAGUGGAUCAUAUAUCAGCACUGGGCUUUCAGCUUCAAAGAUUGUUUGUUUAUGGAGAUAGAAAGAAGAUAAAAUUCUGUAUAGAAAACUUGGAACUUGACUAAUUCAAAUCAUAUAUGUAUAAACUCAGAGCUGGGGCAAAGCCAAUAGUUACUUUGGACACAUCCAGAGCUCCAAGAAUCUUCAGGCCUCACAUGGACUUCUAUAUAAGAGGGAGAAAGGCUACACUGAAAUGAACGUUGUAAGAAAACUCAAUUUAAUGAUAUCUUGGAGUAUAUUCUUGCUUCACGUACUGCUGUUUUCAUUACAAGAAUAUAUUUGUGCAUCAUCUGUAUUGACGGGAACAUCAAAAAACGGGUUUCAUGAAAAUCGACAGAAAAGAGUUCUUUUAGCAGCACAGUUUGAAGCUACUUCUCCGAGAUAUUUUUUCCAUGACGCUAUUAAUUGGGGUGAGAGCAAAAUAAAAGGUUCUUGUCCUUCUGAGUGCCUUAAUGGAGCUUUCUGUUCUAAGACUGGAACAUGUGACUGUCAAAUAUUUCAGGCUCUUGGGACAAGAUGCCAGAUCAUCCCAAACAUGGGCAACAGCAGAGAUGGGAUUUGCAAAACCUGGGGACAGUAUCAUUUUGAAACAUUUGAUGGCAUCUACUAUUACUUCCCAGGAAACUGUUCUUAUAUUUUUGCAAAGGACUGUGGUGAUUUGGAACCUCGGUACACUGUAUGGGUUCAUAACAGCCCUAAAUGCCUUGGUUCAGUGUAUUCUUGUUAUCGGUCAAUCAGCUUGUUCUUUUCAAACCAAGAGGAAAUUCGAAUUUAUGGUCAUGAAAUAAAAAAGAAUGGAAUCAGUUUAACGUUGCCUCAGACAAUUGGACAGAUUUUCAUCGAGAAGCUAGCUGACUACAUUCUCGUGAAAACAACCUUUGGCUUUUCAUUGGCUUGGGAUGGGAUAUCUGGGAUCUACCUCAAGCUGUCUGAGGACCAUAAGGGGAAAUCAUGUGGCCUGUGUGGAAACUACAAUGGCAUUCAGUCUGAUGAUUUCAUAAUUCUGCAAGAGGACUACACAGAAGACAUCGCUUUGUUUGCAAAUAGUUGGUCAGUGCAAACUCCAGAUGACACCAAAUGUGUACUCACACCCUCAGAUUUUCCAAAUCCGUGCUCCAGUGGAAUGCCAGCAUUUGAGGCAAUCUUCUUCAAGUGUCAGAUACUGUUGCAGUUUCCUUUUCUGAGCUGCCAUGAGUAUAUUGAUCCAUAUUUGUAUAUUGCCAGCUGUGUUAAUGAUCUUUGCAAAACUGAUGAUGAUGAAACCUAUUGUCGAGCAGCCACUGAGUAUGCUAGAGCCUGUUCUCAUGCUGGCUACCCUAUUCAAGACUGGAGAGAUGACUUUCCAGCUUGCACUGAUAAAUGUGAUGAUAGCUUUGUCCAUCGGGAUUGUAUCAGUUGUUGUCCACCAACCUGCACAUUUGAGAAGCAAUGUCUUGGGAGCAAUCUUCAUUGUCUUGAUGGAUGCUACUGCCCAGAUGGCCUUAUAAUGGAGAAUGGGACUUGCAUCUCCUUGGAAAAUUGCCCAUGCGGUUUUCAUGGAUUAGCUUAUUCAGUUGGUUCAAAAAUUGAACAAGAAUGUACUGAAUGUGUGUGUUUGGGUGGAGUUUGGAACUGCACUGAGCAUGACUGUCCAGUUCAAUGUUCAGUUGUAGGUGAUUCUCACUUUACAACUUUUGAUGGUCGACAUUAUUCUUUUAUUGGCAUGUGCCAAUACAUCCUCGUGAAAGGAACUGGAAAAGAUAAAUUCACAAUUACUUUACAGAAAGCUCCUUGUGAGCAGAAUCUCGGCUUAGUCUGCCUUCAGUCUAUAACUCUGAUUCUGGAGGAUGAUUUUAACAAACAAGUGACCCUUGGUAGGGGAGGACAAAUUCUCACUAGUCCUAACCAAGGCUUCAACCUGAAUGGUAUUGUUGAAAUUCAAACUCUGUCAUCCUUAUUUAUACUUCUAAGAACCACAUUUGGUUUAAAGAUUCUGUUUGCUAUAGACGGGGAAAGAAUUUAUAUUCAGCUCAAUAGCGCAUGGAAAAGAAGAACAUUAGGUCUGUGUGGAACUUUUAAUGGGAACAUAAGGGAUGACUUUCUUUCUCCAUCAGGCAUGAUAGAAGGUACACCACAACUUCAUGCAAAUGCAUGGAGAGUUUCUUCUACUUGUUUUGCACCUGUUCAUGUCCCAAUGGUGGAUCCCUGUAACAUCAAUCAACAAAACAUUGGGUAUGCAGCACACUGCGAUGUCAUCCACCAGGACCUCUUUGCUCCUUGCCACAUCUAUAUUAGCCCUGGGUUGUACUAUCAGCUAUGUCGCCACGAUGCAUGCAAGUGUGGAAGCUCCUGCCUGUGCAAUGCUCUUGCCCAUUACGCCUACCUCUGCAGCCAGCGCGGUGUUCCCAUUGAUUUUAGAGCUCAGAUUUCUUUCUGUGCUGUGGUGUGCCAGAAGGGCAUGCUGUACCAUCGCUGUUCCUCGUUCUGCCUCCGUUCCUGCAUUUCUCUCUCAUCCCCGGAGCAGUGCAAUGAUGACUGUGCUGAAGGCUGUAACUGUCCAGAAGGCAAAUUCUAUGAAGAUACUCUUAGCUUUUGUGUACCCAUAUUCCACUGCCGGUGUCAUUAUAGGGGCAGUGUUUAUCAACCUGGAGAGCUCAUCCCCACACCCUCGGGCUUAUGCCAGUGUUCAAAUGGGACUGUGCAAUGUGAUGAAUUAGCAACGCCCUCUGCUGUUCACGUCUGCCCAGCGGGAAAAGAGUAUUUCGACUGCAGGUUUCCUGACCCUGAAUUACCAGCGGGUGGUAUUAACUGUGAGACUACAUGUGCAAACCUAGCCAUGAACUUCACUUGUGCCCCAUCCUCACCCUGUAUAAGUGGCUGUGUUUGUGCACCAGGAAUGGCAGAGCACAAAGGAAAGUGUUAUGUUCCUGAAAGCUGCCCAUGUAUCUGGAAAGACUGGGAGUACCUCUCAGGAGAAGUGAUUGCUACGCCAUGUUACACCUGUGUUUGUCGACGAGGAAUGUUCAAUUGCACAUAUUAUCCAUGCCCAGCAAUGUGCACAAUAUAUGGGGACCGACAUUAUUAUUCUUUUGAUGGACUAGAAUAUGACUAUAUCAGUGAUUGCCAGGUAUUUUUGCUAAAGAGUACAGAUGAUUCAGAUAUAUCUGUCAUUGCUCAGAACAAGAAAUGCUUUGACAACGAUAUUGUUUGUUCUAAAAGUGUUUUGAUUUCAGUUGGGGACACUGAAAUUUACCUGAAUGAUACUCCUUACAAACAGAAACGAUCAGGUUUUUUUCUGGAAAACAAACCUACCUAUCAGCUUUGGAAGGCUGGUUACUAUAUUGUAGUGUACUUCCCAGAGAAAGAUAUUACUAUUCUUUGGGAUAGGAAGACAACUAUUCAUAUCAAAGUUGGGCCACAGUGGAAGAACAAGCUAUCAGGGUUGUGUGGAAACUUUGAUAAAUGUACUUCAAAUGAUAUGACCACAUCUAAUAACUUGGAAGUGAGAAAUGCUCAGGUAUUUGGAGAUAGUUGGGCAUUAGGACAGUGUGAAAAUUCAGAUGAAACAAUUAAACCCUGUGAGGCACAUCAAAACAAAUUUCCUUAUGCCAAGAAAGAAUGCUCCAUUUUGUACAGCGAUGUUUUUGCUUCUUGUCGCAAUGUGAUUGAUGUUACUUCUUUUGCCAAAAAUUGUCAUGAAGAUACAUGUAACUGUAAUCUUGGUGGGGACUGUGAGUGUCUGUGCACUAGUAUAGCUGCCUAUGCAUACAAGUGUUGUCAGGAAGGGAUAUCAGUUCAUUGGAGAUCAUCUACUGUUUGUUCACUUGAUUGUGAAUACUACAAUGAAGGACUUGGAGAAGGACCAUAUAUGCUGGCAAGCUAUGGGCAGACUGGCCUUGUUCUAGGGGCCAAUAUGACCAGCAGAAGCAUUUUCUCUUUGCCAAGAAGCAGUGUUCAUCCUAAUUUAUUUUUUUAUUUUAUGAUCACUCCAGGCCUUUUUAAAGAGAAGGUAUCAUCGUUGGCACUUGUUUCGUUGGAAUCUGCUGAAAGGCCAAACUACUUUCUCUAUGUCCAUGAAAGUGACACUCUUAGCUUGGAGCUGUGGGAGGCGAAUUCAGCCUUUCAUCAGAGAGCAACAUUCUUUCACCAUCAGGGCCUCUGGAUUCCUGGUUACAGUGCAUUUGAAUUAUACAGCAAGAAAGGCUUUUUCAUCAUAUUCACAGAUUCUAGUGUCAAAGCAUCAAAAUAUGAUGAUUCUGAAGAAUUUAAACAUUCAAGUAGCUUCAGCAUAGAAGAAAUCCAGACAGCAGUGCCUUACAGGAAGAUGUGUGAAUGGAGAUAUGAACCUUGUGCUAUUCCCUGUUUUAAAACCUGUAGUGACCCUGAAGCACUAGCAUGUAAAUUUCUUCCACCGGUUGAAGGAUGCUUGCCCUACUGCCCUAAAAAUAUGAUCCUUGAUGAGGUCACCCUCAAGUGUGUUUAUCCAGGAGACUGCAUACCUGUGAUUCCCACAGAACCAGCAUUAAUACCACCAGCUAAGCCAACUGUACCCAUGUUUACAGUUUUGGAAAUGAUUACUCCAUCAGACAUCACUGUGUUUGAUAUGCUAACACCAACUACAGGCUUGGAAUGUGAGCCUCAGCAAUUUGAUCCUGUUUAUAAUUGUAGCCAAUACAUAUGCCUUAAUAUGGAAUGGCAGUUAUACAACUGGUCUCUUAAUUGCCCAAAGGACGUGGAAAUGCCUGACUGUGGUUUCCGAGGAAGGCCAGUUCAAGUGAACAGUGAUAUCUGCUGCCCUGAGUGGGAAUGUCCUUGUCGGUGUUCCAUGUUGUCAGAACUGAGCAUUAUUACAUUUGAUGGAAAUAAUGCAGCACUAUAUAGCAUGGCUUCUUAUAUCUUAGUAAGAAUUCCUGGUGAAAUUAUAAUUGCUCAUAUCGAAAAAUGUUCCAUGAAUCAGAAUGGAAACUCAUUAAAAAAGCCAGCUUCCUCUGGAAGAAUUUCUGCACUUUGUUUUAAAAAGUUAAAUAUGACAACAUCUAUACAUAAAAUAAUUGUCAAUCGGUUAGCAAGAAAGGUGGAAGUGGAUUCCAUUGUUGUGCCUUUGCCCUUUUCAAAUCAGGAACUGUCCAUAGAGGAUUCUGGUUCAAUGUAUGUAAUUACUACUCCAGCUGGACUAAUCAUAAAGUGGUCACAUCUUACAGGAAUCAUAGACAUUCAUUUUAGCUCCCAAUUUAACUUGUCAUCCUACACAGAAGGACUGUGUGGAAUUUGCAAUGAAGAUCCAGAUGAUGAUCUAAGGAUGCAAAAUGGCACAAUUAUUACAAAUAUGGAAGACAUAGGAUUAUUUAUUGAGAGCUGGGAAAUUGAGAAAUCAUUUGAAGUAACAAUGAGAAGACCUGUGAGGAAUUGUACGGAGCAUGAUUGCAGCCACUGCAUUGAGUUAUUAAAUAGAAGAAUUUUCAUUCCAUGUCAUGAUAAAGUCUCACCAAAAGACUUUUGUGAAAAGAUGUGGAUCAAUUAUACCUAUUUUUGGAACUAUGAAUGUGAUGCACUUUCUGCAUAUGUGGCUCUGUGCAACAAGUUUGAUAUCUGUAUUCAGUGGCGAACACCUGAUUACUGCUCCCUGAGUUGUCCAGAGGGGAAGGAAUAUCAACCCUGUGUGAGACCUUGUGAAGCAAGAACAUGCCUGAACCAAUGGUUCUAUGGCCACUCUUCCUGUUUGAAUUUAAGAGAAGACUGUGUGUGCAAAGAUGGAACUAUUCUUCACAGGCCGCAAUCAACCCAGUGCAUUCCAGAGAAAGAGUGUGCAUGCACUGAUAGUGAAGACCAGCCCCACACUGCUGGGGAGAUUUGGAAUGGGGGCAUUGAUGAAUGUGCUCUAUACAAAUGUUUGGAGAAUGGAAGCAUUAUUCCUAUAGAACCUGACUGUGACGAAGAGCCCACUCCAGUUUGUGAACGAGAAGCUGAAGUUGUCAUGGGCAUCAUUGAUAAAUGGACCUGCUGUUCAAAGGGAGUUUGUGGAUGUGACAUGACUUUGUGUGAAACUACCAUCCCAACAUGUACAAAUAGUCAAAAAUUGAUUGUUGGCCAUAGUCCUCUUUCUUGCUGUCCACAGUACAAAUGUGAAUGUGACCCAUUGAAAUGCCCCAGUAUAUCAACACCAGAAUGCACAGAAGACCAAUUCAUGAUUCAAGUUCAACAGGAAGAACCUUGUUGUUUUUCCCCUCUUUGUGUUUGUGAAUCUUGCACUGAACCUGUUCCAAUAUGUAAUGAUGGGGAAUUUCUUACAGUAGAUCUUAAUAGCACACACUUCUGUUGUCCUCAGUAUUACUGUGUAUGUGAGCCAAACCUUUGUCCUAUGCCAUUACUCAGCUGUGCAGAAGAUAUGAAUCUUGUGAAAGAAAAUGUAUCUGGUCAAUGUUGCCCAACAUGGCAUUGUGAAUGUAACUGUGAAAACCUUGUUAUGCCAACUUGUGAAAUGGGAGAAUUUACUACAAUAGACCAUAACUUCCAGAGUGACUGUGGAUGCAUACAGUAUCUCUGUGAAAAGGAUGAUGUGUGUGUAUUUCAAGAAGUAUCAGUAUUGAAUCCUGGACAAUCCAUGAUAAAGUAUUUGGAAGAGGACUUUUGUUAUACAAUAGAGUGUCUGGAAGAAAAAGAUAACCAUACAGGGUUUCAUACUCUGAAUUUCAUACUGGUGAAUUGUUCCAAAAAAUGUGAUGUUCACCAGGUGUAUACUCCAUCCCAAAGUGAUUAUGAUUGUUGUGGUACCUGCAGAAAUAUAUCCUGUAAAUUUCAUAUGGAAAAUGGAACAUCAGUUAUAUAUGCGGAAGGGAGUACCUGGCACUACAAUUGCACCACAUAUGAAUGUAUUAAAACUGAUGAAGGGGCAAUAAUUCUGAACUACACUAUGGUCUGUCCUCCUUUUAAUGAGACUGAAUGCAAAAUGAAUGAAGGGAUUGUGAAGCUUUAUAAUGAAGGCUGCUGCAAGAUCUGCAAACGAGAAGAAAGAAUAUGCCAGAGAGUGAUCAUUAAAUCAAUCAUAAGAAAACAGGACUGUAUGAGCCAAAGCCCUAUAAAUGUUGCAUCUUGUGAUGGCAAAUGCCCAUCAGCUACCAUAUAUAACAUCAAUAUUGAAAGUCACCUAAGAUUCUGCAAGUGUUGUCGUGAAAAUGGAAUACGAAACUUGACUGUGCCUCUGUAUUGCUCAGGAAAUGGCACUGAAAUCAUGUACACUCUCCAGGAACCCAUAGACUGUACCUGCCAGUGGAAUUAAACUCUUGGGUUCCAAGUACUCUAUAAAAUGUCAUAAUGUCAAAUAGAGUUAACUUUUAUCACUAUUACUUAGGCACGUGGCAGAUUUAUACUGUUUAACAAUACUGUAUUUUUCAGACUUGGAAUAUGGAAAUUUAGCAAUUGGUAUAAAAUAUGUACACAGUUCCAAUAGCAAAAUUAGAUUUAUUGCUUUACUCUAUUUUGGAAAAUCAAAUGAUUAAGUUGUUCAGCUGAAAUGCUAUUAGGUGUUUAAUUGCAACCUGGUGCAGAUACAGUAUCUUCUCACUGAUUGGGAGGUUAUUUUGCAAAAUUCCUUCAAUUUCACUCAAUAGCUAUUUUUUCUUAAUUUUUAAAGUCUGCCAUAGCUAUCCAAAUUAAGAUACCCUUUAAUCUGUACUCAUUAGUCUGGUAAAUAAGAUCAGUUAAAAUUGGCAUCUAGAUAGCAAUAAAAAGUGAUAUGCCUAGAGACAGAUAAUAGAUUAUUUAAAACCUGAAUGGUUAUUAGGGAAGUCAUUAUAAAUCCCCCUCAUUUUGCAGCUGUAACAGAUAACCAGAGAAGCUGUGUGACUUGUACCAAUUUAUUCAGUGUAACAAUAUAGUAAAUUCACAUUAACAGUUGGAUUACAUUCUAGGUCUCUCUUAUUCCAGUACUAUGUCACUUUUGAAAUCCUCAACAGUGUAUGGUAAGAGUAUAUCACAGAAUACUUCAUUUUUAAAGAGUUUGCAUUGUAUAGAAUUAAGUAUUUUAAGUUCAACAUGUUUGAAAAAUGCCCCCCAUAUACUGUUAUUCUAGUAAUAAGGGAGAGGAAAAUAUAGCAUCAUUUGCUAAGUAGAGAAGAGAGAUCUUGAACUUUUAUUUUUUAAUCAUUAAAACUGCUAUUAAAAGUGUUGUCAGUAUUUAA